AUGAAAAAAAUAACAAUUAUUGUUUUUUUUUUUAGUUUGAUUAAAAAAAAUUUUAUUUUCUCAAAAGAUCCAGAGUCAUCACUUGAAAAAAUAACUGAAUUUAGACAACAACACCGAAAAACAUUGGACGGAAGACUUUGUGCUGCUGCUUUCCUUCAUGAUGAUCAAACAUAUACUGACUGUACAGACGCAACUUCUCCUGAUGGAACUAGUGGUAAAGAAUGGUGCUAUGUAGAGGUUCAAUUAUUAGGCAAAGGUUCUCGUGAUUGGGAUUAUUGUGCUAAUGCAAUUAAUUAUGACAAACUAAGAAUGCAUGCAAAAAAAGUUUUUGAAGAAAAAUCUUUAGAAGCUGAUAGAUUAAAGGAUAGAUUACAGGUCUUAAAUAGUAGAAUACAUAGUAUGUUACAAAAAUUUGAUUCUGUUUGUGGAAAAAAACAUGAACUUAUAAAUUCUCGAAUUGAAAAAAUUAAUGAAUGGCUUACUAAAAGCGAAGAUUCUUUAUCAAAAAUUGAAAAUAAUUCUAAUGACAUAGAUUCCACUAAAAAAAUUAUUGAUAAGUUACAAAUAGACAUUAAAAAUGAGAAUGAAAGUGCUAAACAAGCUGAGGAAAAUUGUGAAAAUUCUCCAGGUUAUGAAGAUGAGCCACGUAGUGACGGAUUAAAAGUAUCCUAUUUUAAUAACCCUAUUUUUGAAGGAUCACCAAUUGAAACAAGAAUUGAAAAAGAUAUUAAUUUUUUUUAUAGUAAUAGAGGUCCUUUAGAGAGUCUUUCCCCUUACAAAUAUUCUAUUCGAUAUGAAGGAUUUUUAUUAGCACCACACAAUGGAACGUAUAUUUUUGCAAUUGAAACUGAUUGCUCUGUUAGAUUACUUUUAAACAAUAAAGUUGUAUUAAUGCAUGGCUUUGAAGAAAUAGAAGAAAAUUCUUUUUCUAUAAGAUCAAUGAAAUACUCUAUUGUAAAUGAUGAUAAAAGUGAAAUAAUUAAAAAAAACUCGAAACCUAUUGAAUUAAUAGGUGGAGAAAAACAUAAAUUUGUUUUAGAAGUUUCUCAUUCUUCCCAUUUAAAAUAUAAAAAUGGAGAAUCAGCUUCUUUUAAAUUAUUAUGGAAAUCGAGUGCAAUAGACGAGGAAGUAAUUCAAAGUCAUUAUUUUUUUAGUGAAAAUAUUAUUCCUCCUACAAGAUUUUCUUCAUUAAAUGCAGAAUUAUUUGAGAUAGGAUUAACUGAUAUAGGAGAAUAUAUAUUUAAAAAUGACACUGAUUGGUUAAUUACAAGCAUUCCAUCCAAAUACAUUGGUUUACAUCUUAUAAGAACAGAACCAAAUCCUCAAUUUACCAAUUUUUCUUUAUCAAUUAACACUGGUUCUAAUUUAUUUAUUGCUGCACCAGAAAAUGAAAUUUUGCCUCUUAGCCCAUAUAAAGAUUCUCUAUGGAAAGCAUUUAAUACAGAAGAUAUUUUAGAAGUCACUCAUAGUGUAACAAAAGAAAAAAAAAAGUUCAAAAUCAAAUUUAUUCCUUUAAAAAAUAGAGCAGAAUUGAAAUUCCAUGUGUUAAAUAAUAUUCCUUUUUUGAUAUUUGCUCAACAAAGAAAAAUUUUACCAACUAUAUGCAAUGGAGAAGAAGAAGUUUUAUCAUCCCCAGAAAAUAGUGUAUUUAAAGAAUGUAUAGAAUCAUCUGCAUUAACAGAAGAAUUCAAUUGUUUAGCUGGACUUCAGAAUUUACAUAUAGAUAAAAAAUAUAGCAUGUGGAGAUCUUCAAAUGCAUCUAUUGGUGAAUAUAUAAAAGUAUUUUUUAAUAGACCAGUUCAAAUUAAUAAAUUUCGUUUUAAACCUAGAGAUGAUAUCUUAACAUGGCCAUCAGAAAUAUCUUUACUUUUUGAUGAUACCGAAUUAAUUGUACCAAUUUUGCAUACUUCUAACAUGGAUCAUAAUACAUUUAAAUUAGAGCAUCCAAUUAUUACUACCUCAGUUAAAAUAGAAAUAAGAGAUAUGUUUGUAAAUAACGAUGAAACAGGUGGAUCUUUUGAACUUAUAGGAAAUUCUUGUAACAUAACUGAUAAUGAUUAUAUGGUUCAUCAUGCAAUUAUAGAUAUUAUUGAUUGUAAUAAUACGUUAAAUGAUAUACCUGAUGUUCUACCUUUAAUUAAUGGAGAUAAAUUCUUAGCUACCUGUGAUUACCACUGUAUGGAACAAUUAUCUGGUGAAGUUUACGGUUCAGAUUUAUAUUCCACUGACUCAGCUUUAUGUAAAACAGCUGUUCAUGCAGGUGUUUGUAAAAACCAAAAUAAACAAAAUUGCAAAUUUUUAGUAAUGAUAAGCAAUAAACAAGAAAACUAUGUUGGAAGUUUGCAAAAUAAUAUUUUGUCUUUAAACCAAAAUAAGAGUUCUAAUUUAUCUUUUACUAUUUCUCCUGCAUUUAUACAAAAUUUUAGUCAAUUAUAUUCUUCUUCUCCUAAUAGUUAUUCCAUUGUUUUUAAAAGAAAUUAUGAUUUAAAUUUACCAAAUAAAUUUCUAAUAGAUUCAGGAGAAGUAUUUAAAGAUUAUGGUACUUUUGCAUAUGGAUGGAAUAGACCAGUUAACUUAUUAGAACCUUUAAUACAAAAGAACAUUUAUUCAAAUAGUUUAUUUUCAGGAGGAAUUAACUUUCCACCUGCAUCAGCUAGCGAACAUUGCAUAACUGAUUUAGAAUGUCAGACAAAUUUUUGGAAAUUUAAAACUCAUGAAAAUGGAACAUAUACAAUUCAGGUUUUAAUUGGUAAUAUAUCUUCUAAUGAUAAGCAAAAUGCCUUUAUUGAAGUAAAUGGAUUACCAUUAAUAAAAAACGUUGAACUUCAAAAAAAUGAAUAUUUUGUUGCUGUUAAAAAUGUACAGAUAACAAAUAGAUCCCUUAUAUUUACAUCAACUUGUUUAGAAUCUGAAAACGAAUGCACUCAUGCUAAAACUACUAUAAUGGCUAUUCAAAUCUUAAAAACAUAA